UAUGACGUACACGUACUACUUUCUUUUGAGUGCUUUGCAAGAAUAAUAAGGACGUUUUUUCCCGAAUUACUCAGCCGGUUAGCGACCUUUUUCAUCCUUACGUUCUAAAGUAAUAACUCUGUAAGUGCCAAGGCAUUUAGCAAAGAGAGAAAGAAAAAUGUCAAGUACCCAUUCACAAGAACCCGGAAAAAAGCCAAAUUGCAUCUCGGAAUUUUGUUUGCAGCACAGAAGUAGGAUUGCAUUAAGUUCGUUUUACUUCUUCUUCGAGACAUGCUUUAGCUUUAAAAUGUUCUUUAUGCCAGUCUACUGGCAACAGCUUGGCUUGUCUCCGACUCAGAUCGGCAUUUUACGAGCCGUUUGGGGCGUGGCAUACUCCCUUGGCGGGGUCAUCUUUGGAAAAAUGGCAAGUAAGUGGAAGAUUCGCCGUGCGUUGCUGAUGAUGAGCAUUCUAUCCACGGCUAUUACGCCACUAGUGUCGUUGAUUCCAAGAAGAACGCACGAUAAGUGCUUGGUGGAAUCGGGAAAGAGCCUGGAUGAAAACAAGCGUCGCGUAAUCACUCCACAGGAGGGCAAAAAUUCCUUCCAUCCUAACGACGAGAAUACGAAUCAUCGUAACCGAACCCACGAUAUGCAAUCGCUUUUCCGUGAGGUAGAAAAAACCCCUGAAAUCCUGGAACAAUUUACCUCAAGACGUUCUCUACCACCGAUAAAGAGGCGCACUUCAAGACAAACAUCUCUGGUUGGCGAUCAUGUCCUUAUCUUAGAAAAAAACCCGCAAGACAUCAACACCAUAUUUCUCAUAUUUGUGUUUAUUGUAUUCGUUGGGGAACUCCUCGCGUCUCCUGCAUUUAGUCUGGCUAAUUCUGAAAUUGUGGACUACCUCGGGGAAAAUAGCCGCGAUUUUGGCAAGAUUCGUCUCUGGGGUCCAAUUGGGCACAUGAUUGCUGCUCCCAUCACAGCUGUAUUUGUUACUCAUUACCAUUAUGUGAUUUGUGGCGAGUAUCAGGACAACUUUGCUAUUGUCUUCGCUGUCAUUUCUUUCAUGGCUAUGGCUUCGUUAGUAUCUGUAUCGCAGCUGGGAGAUCAAACGAUCAAGCACAGCGACAACACUGAAGGAAAUGGCAACGGAAAGCCUUUGACUUUAUUUGAGUUCUUCUCUCGAUAUCAAAAUUGCGUCUUCAUCGUCAUGACGUUCUUGAUUGGCUGUUUUGAUGGAGUUGUGCUAACGUUUGGGUUCUGGUACACCAAGACCUUAGACGUUACCAUCGCCACGCUGGUGUUUGGUUUCUCUCGGAUGACUUGCUCUGCGGUAAGUGUGGUGUUCCUGGGCUUGACAGGCAUGUGUGUGAAGAAGACUGGUUACUCUGGAAUCACUAUGUUCUCCAUGAUGCUGUUCUUCAUUUGGUUUGUGGGAAUGUCUCUCAUGAAAAACCCAUGGCUCAUGCUUCUCUUUGAGACUAUUGGCUACACCGCUUAUGUAACUGGUUUUACAGGCCUGAUCAGUUACUUUGGUGAAGUAACACCCAGUCAUCUGAUGGAUACAGUGCAAGGAGGGGUUAACUCUUUGUUUCUCGGCGUGGGUUGCGGCAUUGGAACUGCCUUGUGCGGCUUUUUCAUCGAUGCAUUUGGCGCCGUAGAGGCAUUCCGGUUGUUUGCAUCAGGUGAAGCGGUACUAUUAGUCCUGUUUGUCGUCAACCAAGCCGUAUUUUUUUGCCUCAAGAAGAACGAAAAAGAAGAAAAAACAAAACUGCUAGAAUGACUUUUUAGGCUGGUCACCAGACUUACAAUAAACACUAUGCCAUCUAAAAUAAAAUUGGUGGAACACACUGUCGCACUUCUUUAAUUUCACUCAGAAAAAAGAAAACGCAUGGUAAAAAAUAUGCGUUCCGAGGUAUAUCGUUUCGAGGAUUUUUAAAAUUAUGUUAUUCCAGAAAUUAUGAACUUCAUGGUCAACAUUGAGUUUUAAAAGUCUCAACCCUUUAACUCCCAAGAUCUCAUUAGCAAUUUUCCUUACUGUCUGCUAUACAGUUCUUGUGAUAUUAGUUUGGGGAAUUCGGUAUUGGAUGUACAAUCAUCCCCUAAUUAACAUUUGUCUUUAUUCUCAUCACUCGUCUGCUUGAUAUUGUAUUGAUAUUGUGAGGAGAAAUUCUGUCUCGGUCACUUAUGGGAGUUAAAGGGUUAACUCACAUUUUUUUUCCUUAUCUGGUUGAAGUGGAAUUCCUUUUCCCCUUCCACCCCUGCUUCCCACCCUAAAUACAACAUUGAGUUUUAUCUAUCAAACCUUUCCGUUGAAGUAAACUGCUUGGGGGAAAGGAAGUUUUAAAAAUGAGUAAGGAAUGACAAAAUUAAAAGGAUCCUGUAGAGGUGCCUUAAUUUCUUAUGUGUCAGCACUUAAAAUUUGCUGUUCACCAAUGGAAAAAGCUCAAUAUGCUUAAAUUUUUACUUGGGCUUCCUUCAUAAAACAACCUGCAUUAAUUCUUUUCUUCUCUAAUGGAAAUAAAAUUAAAACCAUUCUCCCUUACACAGUUAUAAAGGGUGUAGCCAGCUUUUUAACUUGUACAUUGUAGGCCAGUUCCUGAGAAAGUUCAAUUUUUGUCUCAAUAUUUGAAAGAGUCAAAUUACAAAAGCCAAACAAGCAGAAA